AUGGUGAGCGCGGCGCCGCGGAUGCGGGCACACUGGCGCGGCGGGGACAGGCUGCGAACGGCACGUCGCGCGCACACACCCCUCUGGGCAGCCCCGCCCCCCACAUCCGGGCACACUCCCUCCACCGGAGGACCCCCGCUCUUCGCCUACUUCCUGCCUGGGCCCCGCCCACAAGGCUUAGGCCACGAGGAAGAGCCCUUGGAACUGAGCCUGGAUAUGCCCACCACCGCGGAGCCCCUCUCCAGCGAGACGGACAAAGAGGUGGUGUCCCCAGUUGUGGCCAGUGGGUCCGGCAUCCCCAUGGGGGAUGAGCCAGGCCCUGACCGGGCAGCCACUCCCCCAGUGUGGGGACUUGGAGGACCUGCAGGGGACAGCACUCAGCCCAUCCCUGGACCUAGCCCCGGCACAGUGUCUGGGACCACUGAAGACCUGCGACCUCCCAGACGUCGCCCGCCACCAGGGAAGCAGGUCCCCUGCUCCAGUCCAGGCUGCUUCCUCAGUUUCUCCAGUGUGCGGGACCUGGCGCAACAUCUUCGAACCCACUGCCCGCCCACACAGUCCCUGGAAGGCAAGCUCUUCCGAUGCUCGGCCCUGAGCUGCGCGGAGACCUUCCCCAGCAUGCAGGAGUUGAUGGCUCACAGCAAGCUGCACUACAAACCCAACCGCUACUUCAAGUGUGAGAACUGCCUCCUGCGCUUCCGCACGCACCGCUCGCUCUUCAAGCAUCUGCAUGUUUGCGCCGAGCAUGCGCAGAGCCCAGCCCCGCCGCCGCCGCCCCCCGCCCUCGACAAGGAGCCGCCGGCGCCCGAGCGCCCCCCGGAGGCCGACUCCGCGUCGGCGCCCGGCCUGCCGCUGCCCUUGCUCGAGCCCUUCACGACCCCCGCCCCGACCCCCGCCGGCCCCUUCCUACCCUACUUGAACCCCGCUCCCUUUGGCCUGAGCCCCCCACGCCUACGCCCCUUCCUGGCCACCGCGCCCGGGCCGCCCACCUCCAGCGCCGCCGUCUGGAAAAAGAACCAAGGUGCCAGCGGCAGCCCCCGGAAGCCCCAGGGCGGCGCCGAAGCGUCCUCAGGGCACGCGGCCCCGAGCCGCAUCGUGUGGGAGCACACGCGCGGCCGCUACUCGUGCAUGCAGUGCGCCUUCUCCACCGCCUCGCGACCCGCCAUGACGCUGCACCUGGAGGACCACCGCCCCACGGGCCCCGCGCCCGGGCCGCCCCGCCCCGACAGCCCGGCGGACCCGGCCCCGCUUGCGCCCAAGGUGCCGCCGACACCGCCACCACCGCCACCGCCGCCAGAAGGGGAGCGUCCGGUUUUCUUGCCGCUCUGA